AUGGAUGUUUCGGUUCUUCCAAAGAGAGAUGGUGGCUCGGGCGGACUGAGCCUGGGAGGGUUGCUCGCCAUUUCGCUCUGCGGCGGCAUAGUGUUAUUCACAUCCGUCGGCCUUUUCAUGGCAUGGAGAGUCAAGGUCCGUCAGAGGCGAACCACGAAAAGAAUGUACACGAUGCCCGAUGAAUACUCCAAGACUCGUCUGACAAAACGACCGCUCGUCAUGACCGAAUCGGCCGUCGGCAGGCUUCCGAGCCGACUAUCCUCUCGGUUCUCACUUACACUGCCACCAAUAAUCCCGCUGCCUCCAAUGUUGUCGUACAAUAACCUCAACUUUUUCCGAUCGUCCAGCAAGCGGCGUGCAGAGAGGAAGAGCUGGGUCAACGGCGAGGAAUUCCAUGGGCCGAGUGUGAAGAAGGAUUCGAAAGACGGCUGGUUUAGCAGGGAUAGUUGGAUUCGACAGGUUCCCACGAUGCCGAACAUCAGGGUUGCCGAGGAGGGCGGCGACGGAACACGUGAUGCUGGACGGCAGAACAGCCAGCACAGACCGUCGUACGAGGAGUAUCGGAAGCAGCAGCAGCAGGGAGAACCGUACCAGUUUCAGAACCACCCACCGUAUCAUCAGGAACCGCAGGCGAUACAUGUGCAGAAACGGAGGAGUGGAAGCACCCUCCCGACCAGCCAGACGACGCCGAACCUGUCUUCACAAGACGAUGUUCCCAGGGGUCGUCAGUCUGCCGUGCGUACACCGGCCCAGGCACAUGUGCGGCCGUCCGUGACCAUGACGGAGAUGGGGCUGAGGGACAUCUUGCGCUCGACUGACCAGCGUCUGCGGGAGGGAUCCAGCCGAUCCCCUGCCAAAGAUACGCCGCAAACGUCGCCAACUCGUACAUCGCCGGCAAAGACUCCGUCAAGCCGCAAGUCCGAAUCGGGGCGGGCAGCUGGGCGGCAUAAUAGGGGGACACCGAGCCCCAGCAAGCCCGGGAACACGGCUGCUUUGCCGACUCAGGCCUCGGCCGCUUCGAUUGGAAGCGUGGCAAACAGUCUGAUUGCCGAAGCCACGCAGGAGCUUAAACUCCCAGAAGGCAUGCCUAGUCCCCGGCGCGUUCGAGGGCGGGAAUGGGAGCCCCAGGACCAUCAGAUUCUGCCGCCGAGCUUGCCAGGGCUGGAGAGUCCAAGCCAUAGGAGUGACAGCCCUCAAAGGAGUCCCCAGCGAAGCCCGCAGCGCAGCAGCCCCCAGAAAAGUCCGUCAAAGAGACGGUCGGCGGACAGUGACCAGUCGAGCUCCCUGUCCACCUUGUACAGCGUCGGGGAGCCCGAGAGCGAGGAGCAGGAGAUCCAGCGGCAGUAUUUCCUCCAGCAGCAGAGAUACCGGCAGGAAGAACUGCAGGCGCUGACCGCAGGGGACGACCCAUUCACCGACAACGGCCGCGCCCGCGGUCGUCACGUCAGGCAGAAACAGGAGCAGCCCGCCGGCCCCCGGCCGCUGAGGCGCACCAAGACGAUGAGCCCAAGCGUGCUCACCACCCGGGCGAACACGUCUCCCAUUUCCCAGCCACUGCGGCCGCUGUCGGUCAACUCCAAGAGCGGCCCUGGGCGCGGCGUUGAUCUCCAGGUUGCGCCGCCGCGCCCCCUGACGCUGCGGGCCUCGCGCAUCGUGGGAUCCGGCGACGUGGCGGCCAAGCGCGCGCCGGAGCAGCAGCAGCCUCCCAUGCCGGAACCGCAGCCAGACUGCAGCUUCACGUCAGACUCGGUCGGCAGCGACGACUCGGAGGCCACGGCGCUGCCGGCCUGCGAAACACCCAAGGCCGAAUGGGUUGCUGCCGCCGCGGACCGCACGGAGGGCAGCCCGCUCACACCGGGGGCCCGCGGCGACAAGGACGCCGACCUGUCGUCGUCGCCCUUUAGCGAGCAGGAGAUCCUGUCCAUGCUCCUGGCCAGCGGGGGCAACAGGCGGGCGCUGCCGCAUCCGCCGGCGGCAGUGGCCAGCGCAGACGGCAGCGUCCUCCCGACGGGCCUGUCUCCGCGCCCGUCGGUCAAGAGCGCGGCCAGCUCGCCGCGGAGGAAGCUGUCGGCCGCCAGCUCGUGCAGCUCCAGCCUCGCGACGCCGUCUCGCCGGGCGGCGGCGGCGCGCCGGUCCAGCAGGGACGCCGCCCCCGCGCUGGGCGCGACGAUCGCGCAGCUGCGCCGCAUGAACAGCGUCGUGAGCUCCUACAGCGCCGCGUCCGUCGCGUCGACCGCCACCGUCGGCGCCGGCGCCGCCGAGGCCGACUCGCCCACCCUGCCGGGCAUCUUCACCGGCCAGCCCGCCACGCCGCGGAGGCAGCUGUCGCGGCCCGAGGCCAGCGGCAGCAGGCACUACCUCAACGUCGGCAAGGACAGCGGCGGCGGUAGCAGCGGCAGCCUCCCGAAAAACCACUGGUCCACGGCGGACCUCGACGGUGCGGGCUUCGGGCGCCGGCGCAGACAGGACCCGAUGAAGCCCCGCGGCGGCGGUAGCCCCGGCGGCAAGGAGAACACGCUCGAGGGCGUGGAGGAGGGCGGGGGCACAGCAGCGCGGCCGGACGUCCGGGGCCUCCGGGAGGCGUGGCUCAGCGCGACGGCGCCCUCGCCUGCGCCCCCUUCGCCGGCGGCGCGUCCUGCGCACUCGACGUUCCGGCUGAGGCAGGGCCCCGUGGCGGACUUGCUGGCGCGCGAGGGGCGCGCGGCGUGGCGGGACAGCGCGGAGAGUUUGGGUUUGUACGACAGAGACGGCUUCUUGCUGCCGUCGCCGGAGAGGGAGGCUCGGGCGCGGCGGGGGAGGGCGCUGCGCAUUUAG